AGCAUCUAUAAUCAACUCAGCUUAAGAGAUCUUGGCCUCUGGUUGGAUUUCCUGCCACAGCAGAAUAGCGUCAUGACCAAGGCCUUCUUCUCUGGACUAGAUCUUCGAGAGGGCCUCCAAACCCUCUCUGUUAUGCAGUGGCUCCCAGUCUACGUAUUUUUAGGAGCUAUUCCCAUUCUCUUUAUACCCUACUUUCUGGUGUUCACUAAGUUCUGGUCCUUGGCUGUGCUCGCCUUAGUUUGGCUCGCCUAUGAUUGGAACACCCACAGUCAAGGUGGUAGGCGUUCAGCUUGGGUACGAAACUGGACCCUCUGGAAAUAUUUCAGAAAUUACUUCCCAGUAAAGCUGGUGAAGACGCAUGACCUUUCUCCCAAACACAACUACAUCAUUGCCAACCACCCCCAUGGCAUUGUCUCUUAUGGUGUCUUCAUCAACUUUGCCACUGAGGCCACUGGGUUUGCUCGGAUUUUCCCAUCCAUUACUCCCUUCAUAGGGACCUUGGAAGGGAUCUUCUGGAUCCCAAUUGUGCGAGAAUAUGUGAUGUCAAUGGGUUUGUGCCCAGUUAGUGAGUUGUCCUUGAAGUACUUGCUGACACAGAAAAGCUCAGGCAAUGCUGUGGUUAUUGUGGUGGGUGGAGCUGCCGAAGCCCUCUUGUGCCAGCCAGGAGCCUCCACCAUUUUCCUCAAACAGCGUAAAGGUUUUGUGAAGUUGGCACUGAAGACAGGGGCAUAUAUUGUCCCCUCCUAUUCCUUUGGUGAGAACGAGGUACACAAGCAGGAGACCUUCCCUGAGGGUACAUGGACAAGGUUCUUCCAAAAAACCUUCCAGAACACAUUCAAAAAACUCCUGGGAAUAAAUUUCUGUACCUUUCAUGGUCGGGGCCUCACUCGUGGAUCCUGGGGCUUUCUGCCUUUCAAUCAUCCCAUUACCACUGUUGUUGGGGAACCCCUGCCGAUUCCCAAGAUUGAGAAUCCAGACAAGAAGACAGUGGACAAGUAUCAUGCAUUCUACAUUAGUGCCCUGCGCAAGCUGUUUGAUCAACACAAAGUUGAACAUGGCCUCCCUGAAACCCAAGAGCUGACAAUCAUAUAAAAGGAGCCAGGUUCCCCAUUAAUAAACCCCUAAAGUCAUGAGGUAUUCAACUAGAGUCACAAGGAAGAAACAAUUUGGGGAAAGGGUAAGAUCUCAAGGAUGAGGAGGCCAACCAACCCGGAAACGUUUAACGAAUCAGGGUUCCAGCAAUGGAAUCCCCUCCCAAGUGACCAAAGCAGGUUUGGGGGAAGGAACCAGAGAGGGCUGGCUAGAAAAGGAGGUGGCUCCAUCAUCCCUGGUUAUGUAAAGCAACAAUCCUGUUUGGGAGUCCUGUGAAUCACUCCAGGCAACUCUCUGAUUACAGUAAUAAGAAGCCAAAGAACAUUGUGCCCCUUCCUCUUGAACCUCAGUGACACCCAUCAGUGUUUAGGUUUAGGGGUUGGUUUGUUUCCUCCCAGGCCUUUUUCUUACAAUCUGGGGACUUCUGAAAAAUAAACCAGGGACCUGAACUGUGGCUUCCUUAUCCAAGCAGACAGCAUUCUCUCCAUUGUGACAGAGCUCUCAACUAACAAUACAGUUAUGCUAUUUCAUCUAUAAAAAUAAGGCUCUAAAACAGGAUUCUAGUACUUCCUAAUUACUGUGGUUCAAUGCUGGGCUUCCCCCAAACGUAAGGUUUUCUCUUCUGGCCAGAGAGCUGGUAUGUAGAGUCAUUCUCCUCUUCUUCAUCCACCCUUCAUAUUGUCCCUGACAGAAAAGGUGGAGGAGUGGAACCACAGCUACUACACACUGUAGGAGACAGGAGAAGAAUUGAUGGCAAUUGAUCAUGGUCAAUCCAUGGUUCUCCCAAUCCCACAUUACCAGCCUAAACCAAGGUCAGAAGGAAGGGAGCCACAAGACCAUGCACCAGCUGUAAGUUUGGUUGAUGUCAAGUACCUACUGUGUCCCAGGGACCAUGCCAUCACUUUCACAACUUUUGAGUUUUAAUGCUAACAUCAGCCCUGUGGUAUUGAGAUUUCCAUCAUUUCCAUUUCACAGGAGCUAAAGCUCCUAGAGGUUAAGUAACUUGCCAAAACCACACAACUUUAGAUAGAACUUUAUUUUCCUAAAUGAGAACCUAUGGCCCUUCACCAAAAUUAGUAAGUGUGGGGGGAAAUGGCACAGAGUCUUUUUAUUUUUUAUUUUAUUUAUUUUUUUAUUGUUGGGUAUUCAUUGAGGGUACAAGAAACCAGGUUACACUGAUUGCAUUUGUUAGGUAAAGUCCCUCUUACAAUCAUAUCUUGCCGCCAAAAGGUGUGGCACACACCAAGGUCCCACUCCUCUCCCUCCUUCCCUCUCUCUGCUCUUCCUUUCCCCACCCCUCCCUCCUUCUUUCUUUCUUGGCUCUCCCCUUUCCCCACCCCCACCAUGUCCUUAAGGCACAGAUUCUUCUAUUCAGAGUGUUUCCAGGUAGGCCUCAGGGAAAUAAUUGAUUGAUUUAAAAUAAAAAUCUGAAUGGAAUUGAGAGUACAGAAACAAGCUUAUACAUUUAUGGUCAAAUGAUUGUCACCAAAGGUGUCAAGACAAUUAAAUGGGAGAAAGAAUAGUCUUUUUAACAAAGAAUACUGAAACAACCUGAUGUCUACAUGGACAAUAAUAAAGUUGGACCCUUACCUUAUAUCAUAUAUAAAAAUUGACUCAAAAUGGAUCAAAGUGCUAAAGUAAAAGCCAAAACUAUUAAAAUUAUCAAAUAAAGCAUACAUGUAAGACUUCAUAAUCUCAGAUUAGGCAAUGAUUUCUUAGAUAUGAAACCAAAAGUACAAACAAUAAAAGAAAAACUACAUGUUCUGACAAUUAAAUUCACAAACCCAUCCUAGCCUCUGGAGGCUCUAGGGGAGAAUCCAUUCCCUUGCCUUCUCCUGCUUCUAACAGCUGUCCAUGUUCCUUAACUCAUGGCUAUCUACCAGCGAAGGUAUCAUCUCAACCUCUGCUUCUGUCAUCACAUCUCCUUCUCUGACUCCGAUAUUCCUAUCUCCCUCUUAUAUGAACCCUUGUGAUUACAUUGAGCCUGCAGAGGGUAUCUAGACUAUAUCUCCAUCUCAAGAUCCUUAACUUAAUUAUAUCUGCAAAGUCCCUUUAACCAGUUAAGGUACAAAUUCGCAAGUUUGAGGGGUGGCCAUCCUGGGGGUGGGGAUCAUUAUUCAGCCUACUACAUGAAUCUUUUUUUUUCUAUCAAAGUGAUUUCACUGAAAUAUAAUAAAGUACACUGGCUAUGAGAAUACUCAAUUGUUCUUUGGAUAGUACAGAGAAAAUGGAGGAAUCAAAAGAUGAAAUAUUAAUUGCAAAAGCUCUUGAGCAUCUGUUAUGA